ACUUUUACUCGAGAUAAGAAAUAUUUUCAUCAAGUAUGAGAGCAAAAACAGCAGUUAUAUAAAAUAAUAAUAACAAUAUUUUGCUACUCAUCCUCAUAUAUUGAGAUAAAGCCAUUCCAUAUCAGUCCCAAAUGAACUCUAAUUUGUCUUUCGGAAGAGCAAAAAAUGCAUCGGCAAAUAUUGUUGGUCAGUAAAUAAAAUUUUAUGAUAAAAAUGAUAAGAUUUUGAAGAAGACUCUCAUGUUCAGCUAUAAAUACAUUCGUACUUCUCUACUUAAUAAGCGCCAGUUUAAUGGAGAAUUCCACUUGGAGUAGUUGAAUUUUUAAGUGACUUGAGUGGACUUAAGUUUUCGAAUUUUCUCAAAAAUUUUUCCAGCUCUUCAUUAAAGAAAAAAAAAUGGAGGGCUUAACGAUACCUUGUGCAGCCCAGAGUGCAGGACCUCUUAACCAACUACUCGGUCUCUUAAUUAAUACUCUUGUUUCGGCUCAAUGUUCGAUCUCUCCGCCAGAAAUGUGGCCUAAAGAUUAUGGCCCAACAGUGUUGGAAAAAGGAUUCGAGGAAUACGAUUUUAUCGUUGUCGGAUCAGGAUCUGCCGGUGCAGUGGUUGCGAGUCGUUUGAGUGAAAACCCAGACUGGAAAGUUUUGCUUUUGGAAGCAGGAGGUGAUCCUCCUGCUGAAGUAGAAAUCCCUGCGAUAUAUUUCUACCUUCAGGAUUCAGUUUAUGAUUGGAGCUAUAGAACGGAAUAUUCCGAUAAAGCCAGCAAAGCAAUUCCAAAUGGAAGUUUCUGGCCUCGUGGAAAACUUCUGGGAGGAACGAGUACAUUCAAUGCAAUGAAUUACAUUCGCGGAAAUCGUCGGGACUACGAUCAAUGGGAAGCAAAAGGCAAUCCUGGUUGGGGAUGGAAGGAUGUCGUUUACUACUUCAAGAAAUCCGAGGGAAAUGAGGAUAGUGAAGUUGCUGAUGAUGCCAUUGGGAAGAAAUUCCACAAUAAAAAUGGACCAUUGAAGGUUUCAUUCUUCUCCACGACAGAUCCUUUAAAAUUAAUGUUUCCAGAAGCAGCUAAAGAACUUGGCUAUAAGUAUUUACACGAUUUCAAUGCAGAAGAACAUAUAGGAUUUGGAAUAGCCCAAGGAUCAGCUAGUAAAGGUGUGAGAUCUAGCACAGCUAGAGCUUUUCUAGUUCCAGCGAAAAAUAGACCAAAUCUUCACGUAGUAAAGAACGCAUUAGUUCUUAAUGUGGAGUUUGAAGAUAAAACUGCUACAGGAGUAAAAGUAAAUCUAGAUGGUAAAAAGAUCUUGAUUGCUAAGGCCAAAAAAGAGGUCAUUGUAUCCGGUGGAUCUGUCAAUUCACCGCAUCUUCUAAUGCUCUCAGGAAUAGGACCCAAAGAUCAUUUGAAACAACAUGGAAUUGAAGUUGUGAAAGAUUUGCCAGUUGGACAGAAUCUCCAGGAUCACGUAAUCGUUCCUUUAUUCUUUCAAUUUCAUAAAUCAACUGCAACAGAAAGAAACCCCGAAGAUAUAGGAGAAGAAGUAUACAAAUACUUAAUUCAUCGAAAUGGACCACUCUCAAAUAUUGGGACAUCUGAUAGUAUGGGAUUCGUCAAUACGAAGAACGACAGCGUUUUUCCUGACAUCCAAUAUCAUCAUUUCUCAUUCAAAAGGCAAUCUGCUGAGCUCAUUUAUGCCUUUGGAGCCUACGGUUAUGAGCAGUCAAUUGCAAAAACUGUCACGGAUGCUAGUCAAGAAGGCGAUGUUGGAGCAAUCUUAGUGACUCUUCUGAAUCAAAAAUCCAAAGGCAGCAUUGAACUAAAAGGGAAGGAGCCCGAAUACUACCCUAAGAUCUUUGCAAACUACCUCGAUGAACAAGAAGAUGUAGACACCAUUGUCCGGGGCAUUCGUCUCUAUAUGAAGUUCUUAAGUACGGAAACUUUUAAGAAGCAUGAAGGUCAUUACAUAAAACUUCCACUAUCAGAGUGCGAUAGAUUGGAGUACGAUUCCGAUAAUUACUGGGAGUGCUACACAAGACAUAUGGCUACAACUCUCUAUCAUCCUACUGGAACAGCCAAGAUGGGCCCGGAAUUUGAUAAAGAUGCUGUCGUUGAUCCCCGACUUAGGGUUAAAGGUAUCAAAGGACUGCGAGUUGUGGAUGCUAGCAUUAUGCCAGAUAUUGUUUCCAGUAACACGAAUGCUCCAACGAUCAUGAUUGGUGAGAAGGGAGCUGAUCUAAUCAAGGAAGACUGGAAGUAUGACAUCAAGCAUGAAGAAUUGUAAAAUUCUCACAAUAAUGUACCAAUUUUCCUUUCUUAAAAACUAUGUCACGUUAUCAAUUUAACAGCUAAUACUCUUGUCUUAAACUCAACAUUAGAAAUUAAGAAGAUUUUCUUGUCAAUCACUCAAUCAUGGACGAUAAGAUAAUGAAUAAAUAAAAUAAGAAAUCCCCAAAAA